AUGCCACCAAUCUCAGAGCCACAGCUGUCUCAAGAGCCUAUUGGAGAUGUAUUAGAGAUCAGCUCCGAUCCCAUCCAAGCGGAACUCAGCGGCUGCGUCUUCCGCCAUGUCAAGGGCUUCUACGCCAAGUAUUUCGAAAACCAUCCUUGGUCGGCAGCAGCGGAAGAGGCGGCGCACUUGGUCAACCCGAAUUCCGCCCGCGCCCUUUGUCGAGAUUUCCUGGAGCUUCAAUCUCUGGACUCUUUUUCGGCCUGGCUCGCCAGGCUUCAGUCAACGUUCCUUGCCGAGGGACACAUCGCCCAUCACUUUCCAAGCCGACAAGUCAACAUCUCCGAUAGCUCACUCAGAGCCAUCGUAUACCUCAUGGCGUCGUCGGACAGAUCCGAGUCCAGCAGUCCUUCUCCUACAGCUGAUGCGCGGGUAUUCGGUGACUGUAGCGUCGACGCCUCAGACACCGGUCCUGAGUGUGUCUCGCGCUUCUGUGAGACUGCUCGCCAAGUAUUCCAGGCCCGGCCAACUCGAAGAUUUCUGCACGGCUUCCAGAUUUGCGGCUCCACGAUGGAGUUGUGGGUGUUUGAUCGAUCUGGGGCGUACAGCAGCGAGAAGCUGGACCUGGUGCAGCGGCCGGAUCUACUGAUUAGAAUCAUGGCUAGCUACGCGAUGAUGAGCGACGAUGAAGUAGGCUUCAAUUCAUUCAUCCGGCACGAUGGACUAGGGAACAAGCCCAUCGCGGCACCGCAAUAUCUCGUCGGGCCUGGCACGACCUGCUAUGCGGCAAGGACAUCAAAUUCCCAGACGGCGGAAUUUGUUGUCAAGUUUGCCUGGAGGGAGGACUCAAAUCAUACGGAGCGUAAGCUGUUAGAGUUGACGAAAGAACGCAAUGUUUGGGGUGUCAUCAAAGCUCUUGGGUGGCAGGAUCUCGACAGCAUCAGAGAUCUGCGGGAAGAAAAAGACUAUGUUCCACCAUUCCUCAAUCGUACGUUCUCUUGCAUCACGACCUCACCUCUUGGACGAUCAAUCAACAAGUUCCAGAGUGUCCAGGAGUUUCUGGAGGCAUGCCGAGACAUUGCAAAGGCGCUCAGAUCUCUCUAUCAAGAUGGGAAGAUUCUCCACCGAGAUAUUUGCGUCAAGAAUCUGAUCAUCCCCGCACGACUCAACGAAGGAGAUCCAAAGGGCGUUCUCAUCGAUCUCGAUGGCGCACUAGAUCUUGAAAAGGGUCCAGCGAGGAGCGGAGAGCUUGUUGGAUCCGAGGGCUUCAUGGCCAUCGGCAUCCUUACUGGGGCUCAACACACGUAUCGACAUGACCUGGAAUCGUUAUUCUAUGUACUCCUCUGGGUUGCCAUCUGCAACGACCGCGAACACGAUGACGCGAGAUCAUUGAGAUACCAACCAGAGACAAGCCGGCUUUGGGGAUGGUGCUCCACAGACUUCAGGUCCGUGUCGCGAAACAAGUCGGCGGACAUGAGCCCGGAAGGGUUCUUGAGAAUCCUCGGCGAAUUUUCGACCGAGUUCAAGCCUUUGAGAGGCUUGGCCAGAGAGCUUCGACAGUUAUUGUUCCCCAUACGGGAUGGGUAUCUCUUUACAGGAAGCGAUAUGGAUCAGGAUGGGAUCAACAGACUGUAUGAUGGAAUCAUCGAUGCAUUUAAUCGGUCGAUCGCCUCUCAGCCCAUAUAA